AGCCCCCAUGCCCCCCGUCCUUUUCCCUGCUUUGUUGUUGCUACGUAUGGGCAUCAGCAACUUUCAGUUUUUGGUAUGCAUUAAACGCCGCUGCCCCCCUCCUGGAGCAGAGCAGAGCAGGGCCCCUCUCGUCUCUGUUCCUGGUGGCUUGCGUGUGUGUGCAUCAGAGAGAAAGAGAGAGAGAGAGGCCUGCCGCCCAAGAUCUCUCUUGAUCAGUGCCGAGAUCAUCAAUCAGGGGGGCCUGCCAUCCAAGUGGGCAUCUCCAUUUUUCUUCCUCCUCGAGCUGGUUUCCGAGCCUGAUAAAACCACCCUCCCCGGCCUCGCUCAACUGCUCCCCAGCUUCUUUCUCGCCUGCUUGGAAGUAGUACCAGAAAGUAGAAACAGAGGGGAAGCAGAGAGAUCGCCUCAGGGUCGUCGUCACGAGCUGCAACCCGUCCGCAUUGUAGCCGUGAUAUCAGGAAAUGCUCUGGUUCCCAUUUUAGGUCCGGCUCCAUCUUCUUCCUCCUCUCGCUGAUCAUCUCCUCCGAUGCUUGGAAAGCUCUGCUGCUUUUGCUGCCCCACUCGCCCUCUCUAGCUAGCCAUCCCAGGUAGAAGCCUCUGCAGGGGAGUAGCCACUUGAGGUAGGACGGAGGGGUGGUUGGCGGUUCAUAGGCCGUCGCCGUCGCCGGUGCUUUCUCUCUCCAUGAUUGUUUAAGCUGCUUUGCUUCAGGUCUUUUAAAAUUACUAGUGUGUGCAAGAUUUGGCCUUUGGCGACCACGGAGCUAGGCGCCUCAAGAUGUCUAGCAAUCCAUCCUAUCAUCAGCAGCUGGGGUUGGAUGCCAUGAACACUUGCUUCUUCGGCGGCAGCAGCAUGAUCGGCUCCGAAGCACCGUUCUUCUACCCAGGCAUGCCGCACGAUGCGGGCUUCGGCUCCGGCGGCGCGGAUGUGGCCGCGCAUUUCAUGGCCAGCAGCGCGAUGGUCACUUCGCCGGCGAACCAGCUCGUCUGGCCCGCCGCUGCUCCUUCGCAGGACAGCCACCAAGCGAGCAUGUCGACGGAGGAGAUGAACGACGACGCCUACGCCGUCGCCGGCGAGAGCUGCAGCACCGUGCACUCCAUGCUCCCUUCCGCCUCGGCAGACUUCUUUCAGUACGGGUCGGGAGUGGUCACCAUCGCCCAGCCGUCGAAGAUGGCCAAGCUCGUUGCUGGAGAGCCACACUGCGGCUGGCUCUACGAUGGACCGAGCGCUGCCUCGACCCACCAGCCGUAUUACCUGACGGCGUUCUCCGGCGGCAGCGACUUUCCGGACGCUGUCGCCGGCGCGGCGAGCGGCCUGUCGCUCAGGCUAGGUGCCCAGUCUUCCUCGGUCACCAUGGCGAGCAUGCCGGAGCAGUCCUCGGAGGUGAGCUGCUCCGGCCUGACCCACGUCAACAGCGAAGGCUUUGGCUACCAGCAGCCUCAGGCCGUGAGGGCUCACGCCGGCGCCGGCGCCGGCCUGUUCCAUCUGCCUCCUUACGGCGAUGUCGGUGCCGGCGACGACGAGCUGCGGCACGUGUACCCACAGAUGUACUCGAGGCCUCCGCACUUCUCGCAGGUGCUGCCGCGGUCGGGAUACGCGCACAUUGCCCAGGAGCUGCUGAAUGGGUUCGCCGGCUGCGUGCUGAAAGACCUGGCCGAGAUGCCUGACGAUUCAGUCAGCGGCAUUGGCAGCGAGGCGAGCCUCCUGCUCUCGUCGAGCUGCUCGGCGAGGACGCCGUCGUCGGUGAGCUCCAACCAGCUGAUGCUGCCCUCCGACGAGGGCUCAGCCGACGGCGGGAGGUGGAUGGAGGCUCAGAGGGUGAGGAACGAUCUCCUGAAACUGCUACAGCUGAUGGACCAAAGGUGCAACCGGUGCUUCGACGACAUCCAGACCACGGCGUCCAAGUUCAGCAGCGUGGUGGCGCACCCAGGCGGCGGCGGAGGCGGCGCCAUCGCGCCGCCGCCGUUCGCGCAGCGCGCGAUGUCCGCGGUGUACCGGAGGCUGAGGAAGCGGAUCACGGGCCUGAUCGUGGCGGUGGCGCAGAGGUCCGGCGGGGGCGGGGGCGGGGAGCCGUCGUCGCUGGCCGACAAGGAGCGGAGCUGGGAGUCGGCCUUCAUCCAGAAGCACUGGGCGUUGCAGCAGCUCCGGCGCGGCGACCAGCAGUCCUGGCGGCCCCAGCGCGGCCUGCCGGAGAAGUCCGUCGCCGUGCUCAAAGCCUGGAUGUUCGAGAACUUCCUCCGCCCGUACCCGAAGGACCACGAGAAGGACAUGCUGGCGGCGAGGAGCGGGCUGAGCAGGAGCCAGGUCUCCAACUGGUUCAUCAACGCGCGCGUCCGGCUGUGGAAGCCGAUGAUCGAGGAGAUGUACGAGGAGCUCAAGAGGAGCUCCGGGCGCGGCGGCGACGCUGAGCUUCCGAGCAGCAAAGACGUCGUCGGCUAGGAAAAGGGGACGGCCAAGGUUGGAACUGCACGAGUCCUCACUCAUGGGCGCUGUCUCUCUGGCCAUUGUUGAUCAUCUGGUCGCUAUAUCUAUGUAGUAACCUGGAGUAGUUUUCUUGCAUGUACAUAUAAUUGCCACCUGGUGCCUGCGAUUAAACGGAAACCUCUCGCAUGAUCGUUGAUUGUUCAUGGCGUCGAGAGGUUUGAAAGAUUUCGAGUUGCCCGGCAGGGGAGUAGAA